CAGCUGUGCCUGACACAGGCUUUUGUAUAUACAAAAUCAUUUUAAACACACACACACACACACACACACUGUACACUGUAUAUAUUGCCACUCACACACACACACACACACACACACAAUACACACGCUAUAUAUAUCCCCUCUCUCUCUCUCUCUCUCUCUCUCUCUCACACACACACACACACACACACACUGUACACUGUAUAUAUUGCCACUCACACACACACACACACACACACAAUACACACGCUAUCUCUCUCUCUCUCUCUCUCUCUCACACACACACACACACACACACAUUUUCGGGUCCUUUCUGUUCUUCAGCCUGAUCCAAAGACAUGGUGACACUGCUCCUGCUGUCCCUGCCUCUGCUCCCUGUGGUCAUUACACUUUGCCACUCACCACUGCGAGCCCUUUAUCGUUGUGUGUGUGAGAAAGUGGUGAAGGUCCUCCGUGGGAAAGUCUGUGUCAGACGCACACAUGCCUACAUCUUCUCAGAGUGUACCCACGGCCAGGCUGAAAGUGUGCUGGCCACGUUCGACCUUUACAGCAAAAAACACGCUUCUUUCAGCAUCGGGCCAGAAAAAGGUGUGUUCCUGGAUGAGGUGAUACGACGUGAGGCUCCUCUGAGGGUGCUGGAGCUGGGUAUGCACUGUGGAUACACCUCUGUCCGAAUACUGCGUCUGCUUCCCGCCUUCGGGAAACUGCUUACGGCGGAGAUGGACCCACUUACUGCCGAGAAAGGAGAGGAGAUCCUACUUGUUGCAGGGUUCAAAAAUUCACAGUUCCAGGUGCUACCCUGCUCCUCAGCUGAAGCCAUCUCCAGCUUAGCAUCUCACCUGGGUGAGGACCAGUUGGACCUGGUGGUGAUGGAUCAUGACCCUGAGCAGUAUCUUCCAGACCUUCUGGUCCUUCAAAGAGAGAAUCUGCUCUCUAAACACAGUGUCCUGAUAUUAAACCAAGUUGUGAAAGCUGGAGCUCAGGCUGUGCUGGAGUACCUCACCACCAAACCACACAGCUACACUGUGUGCCAACAGGUUAAAGACAUGCUGGAGGUCCGCUGUCAUAUGGACAGAGAAGAGAGUUAAAACUAUACAAGCUGGGAUUUUAAAGCAUUAUUCCUGAAAGUAAUGAAUAAUUAGAAAAUUCAUGAAAAUAAUAUUUUGAAUUCAAAGUUAUCAUCACUGAGCCUCUUCCUGAAAUGUCUUGAAAAAUUGGAGGCUGACUGAAACUGGGCAGAUGAUUGGAUAAGGUGCCAUUUUUCCCAUUUUCAACUGUCUAGUUUUAGAGAGCCUGUCCUUACUUGUAGCCUCAGAUUCCUUUUUUUGGCUGACAGAAGUGGACCCUGAUGUGCUAUUCUGCUGGUAUUGUACAUCUGCCUCAAUUAUUAAUCAUUUUUUGUGUUAUGGGAUGUUUUUCUGCUUACCAUGGUUAUAAAGAGUAGUUAUUUGAGUUAUUGUAGCACCUCAUACCAAUCUGUCCCUCCUCUUAUUAUCUUUCUUAUUAACUAGCCUUUUCCACCCAUAAAACUAUAAAACUACAUUGUGUGUGUUUUGUUUUUUUGCACCAUUCUGUAGAGUCUAAGCUCUUGACCUCUUGGCCUGAGCAGGUAUAGAGGUGAUCCUUCUUCAAGGUGACACCACUGCUCAAACAGCAUGAUGGACACAUUAUAAACUAGUCACUGCUGAAAUGAAACAUGACAAGUAAGGCAUCAAAAAUGAUGAGUUACAUUGUUUAUUUGUCUUAAUUUUAAUUAUUUUUUAGAACAGGGAAGACAAAUAAAAUGUUAAAAGAUUGAUUGCAUGAAUUUGGAUGAAUGUAUGAAUUGU